AUGACGGGGUGGACAACAGCCGCAUCGGACUCGGACGGUAAGAUGAUCACAACGACGACGGACUCAAACGGCGUGACGAUCACGAAGAUCACUGAUUCUGACGGCGAGACCACUACGAUCACUUCCACAACCUCUGGUGACUUGCUUAUAGAUGAACUUGACGGUGUCGAGACAUCUGGAGAGACAAAGUCGACGAUGGUUGUAGAGACGGGCUUGACGAGCAACUCAUCGACCACCAGUACGGCCACGAAUGAGUUGAACGCGGGAACUAACACCACUGGGACAUACACACCUGCUGAUAACAAGCCGGAAUGGACCACCACACCAGACGGCUCUCCUGCGACUCCUGUAUCGACAUCCACUUCUACGUGCGUUGAAGUGUUUGUGGAGGGUGACGCGACGUACUGCAUUGAAGGACCCGUGUGCAGUGGUAAUGGCGAGUGGCCUGUUGGAACUAGCUGCCCCAUGAAGGGUGACGUUGCUGUCGAGGACUGCCACGAUAUGCUGUCGAGCUACACCAACUCUAGCGCUUGUGUGGCACCCGAGAAUGGUGUGUGUGCUAAGGUCGAGACUGGCGCCUGGGGCUGUGUGUUUGGGCUGGCUGACAUGCCAACUCCUGCUCCGACCACGACAGAGAUGGACGCGCCUACGCCCGCUCCGACCACAAAGGCUGAUAAGCCAACUCCUGCCCCGACCACGACAGAGAUGGACGCGCCGACGCCCGCUCCGACCACAAAGGCUGAUAAGCCAACUCCUGCCCCGACCACGACAGAGAUGGACGCGCCGACGCCUGCCCCGACCAGGACGAGGAUGAAUUCUGCUACGCCCGCUCCGGUCACGGCAGAGAUGGACGUCCCUACGCCCGCCCUUUCCAGGAGCGCUGUUCCGUGGACUCCUGUUGAAGAGAUUGAGCAGCCAACUCCUGCCCCGACCGCUGCUACCUCAACACCAGAGGCCGCUAUUGCGACUCCUGUAUCGACAUCCACUUCUACGUGCGUUGAAGUGUCUGUGGAGGGCGACGCGACGUACUGCAUUGAAGGACCCGUGUGCAGUGGUAAUGGCGAGUGGCCUGUUGGAACUAGCUGCCCCAUGAAGGGUGACGUUGCUGUCGAGGACUGCCACGAUAUGCUGUCGAGCUACACCAACUCUAGCGCUUGUGUGGCACCCGAGAAUGGUGUGUGUGCUAAGGUCGAGACUGGCGCCUGGGGCUGUGUGUUUGGGCUGGCUGACAUGCCAACUCCUGCUCCGACCACGACAGAGAUGGACGCGCCUACGCCCGCUCCGACCACAAAGGCUGAUAAGCCAACUCCUGCCCCGACCACGACAGAGAUGGACGCGCCGACGCCCGCUCCGACCACAAAGGCUGAUAAGCCAACUCCUGCCCCGACCACGACAAAGAUGGACGCGCCGACGCCCGCUCCGACCACAAAGGCUGAUAAGCCAACUCCUGCCCCGACCACGACAGAGAUGGACGAGCCCACGCCUGCUCCGACCACGACAGAGAUGGACGCGCCUACGCCUGCCCCGACCACGAUGAGGGUGAAACCUUCUACGCCCUCUGCUUCAUUGACGUCUGAAAUCGGAAGCAAGCCUGAAGCCCAUACGAGUGCUGAAUCGGCGGCGUCGUUCAGCUACAACAAUACUUACACCUCCGAGCAGCAGCAAACUCAGCAGCAGACGCAGCAGCAGACGCAGCUAAGUGCUUCUUCUCCGAACAUCCAGACAGUAAGCACGCUGAGCGCCGCUCCGGCCACGCAGGAUGCAAGCAGCGGCAUCUCCGGUGGCGCGAUUGUUGGUAUUGUUGCCGCGGUGUGUGCGGUCGUUGCUCUGGCCGGUUUCGCUGCUAUCCAGAAGCGCCAGCGUUCAAUGAAGGGCGAUGAAGACAUGCCUUCCAGCGCGUACUACAGGCAGCCCGAGACUCCGCUGUCGCAAUCGAUCAAGCUGUAA